GGGAAGCUUUGCUCGUAAGUCACGUGUGUCUUGCCGGUUUGCCAGGUUUGCUUGCCUGGGCCAGUUUCGUCUGGAGGUGUCUGGCCGUCGUCAUCAGUUUCCUCAUCAUCACAAACCCGAGAGCAAUCCUCACCACCACCACGCAACUACAUGCAGCGCUAGUCCCAGCCUUAGUCCAACAUCGUGGGAAUCGCAAAGUCCCUCCAAAUCAGACACCCGCACCCACCAACCAUGGUCGCAGCAGAAGCCCGAGUGGGGGCGAUUGCGCCGAGGAGUACGUCAGCCGGGCAGAGAAUCGAACCCGACCUCCGACUCGAGAUCCACUCCAGCGUCUCCCCCGACGAGACGAGUCCGCAUCCUAUUAUAAUCUGGCAGCCUACCAACACCACACGCAAGGCGCUUUGGCGUCCUAUCUUCGACUUUCAACGAUGCUCGUGCGGGACACUGCUACCGAGUUCUUCUCGGUAGUCUAUCAGCAGGAAGAUGGCUUCCCAGACGACAGUCGAGGGGCUCACAACCACAGCCACUUUUAUCGGAUUCGCUCUUAUCGCGCUAAUUGGAGGGAAGGCUUCCGUCACCAUAGCCAACCGACUACGGCAUCGACAAUUGACUAUCGAUACAACAAUACAACUGGAUGGGUAUGAAGAUCGGGAUGGAAUCGCUACGGAACAAUCGAUCAAGGCCUUUUCCGACAAGCCGUCACGCGUCGCACUGGCAAUCGGCAUCGUCAUCGGUGUUUGGCUGUCCCUAGCGGAAGUCGUUGUACUCGCCAUAGUCUCUUCAUCUAUCAACGGUCUCACACGAUGGAUGCGGCUGGGGGGUUGGGGUAUGCUGGCCGCCAGUACAUUCGCACUAUGGACGGAAGAGAAAUGCACGCUUCGGUUCAAACAGGGUCUACAAACAAGCAUAGUAUGCCUUGCUAUGAUGUUCAUUCUAGCCGCAGACCAGUAUGAAUGCUACAAGGGAUUGGAGUUCUCCUUCCUGCCAUGGUUCUUUCUGCUUGGUCAGUCAUGCGCUGCUUUGGGUGCUUGCGUGGCCGGAAUCUCGCUACCUCGUCGACCGGAUGUGUUCCACAAUGGUGCAGUGGUGGAUCGCAAAGCAUCCACAUCGUUCUUAAACCAACUGUUCUUUGGAUGGGUGGGCCAAUUGCUUUCUGCAGGCCAGAAAGAUCAGCUUGAAAUCGGCCAUCUCCCUGAGCUUGAGCACAGCAGUCGCUCGCCGUAUUUGUUCGCCGCGUUCAGCAAGGCACGAAUGAUUUCAUCGACAUUGAGCCUCUGGAGGGCUCUCAUUCUUAGUCAUCGGAGAACUUUGCUUAUUCAACUCAUGGUGACCAUUUUGAACGCAUCCAUGGCAUUUGCACCUCAAUUCUGUGUCUUGGCCAUUUUGCAGUGUCUUGAAAACGACCCUAGUGACCCACGAUUGUGGCUCUUUGUUCCUGGACUCGGCGCAUCGACUAUAGCCUCGGCUCUUCUGGAGAACUGGAACCUCUACCUUUCAUCUAAUAUGAUUGCUGUAAGACUGCAAGAACAGCUUUCUACAGCCAUAUACGAUAAGGCAUUACGUUGUCGCGCGGUUGGAAAUGCCGAAACUGAUCCUCAAAGAGCUAACGGUGGAACCGCUCCAUCUAGUCAGAGUGCUAUGAACUUGGUAGCAGUGGAUGCAAAAAAGGUGGCAGACUUUUCGGCGGUGGGGUUCCAUCUCUACGAGGCACCGUUGAAACUCUGCAUUGCAGCUAUCUCGAUUGGUCGGCUACUCGGACCUAAGUCCCUUCUAGUUGGAGGCUUGGUGCUUCUUCUCGUCUCUGCUGGGAAUGUAUACUCGGUGAGAAAGUUUGCUACAGAGCAGAAGAGCCUACUGAGGUCUCGGGAUAGUAAAAUGUCUAUUAUCAAUGAGGUCUUACAGGGAAUCCGCCAGGUGAAACUGUCCGCUCUGGAGGAAAAAUGGCAAGGGCGCAUUAACGACUCACGGAGGACGGAGCUGCGAAACCAAUGGCAGGUAUACAAGUGGGAGCUUCUCAUGUUCGUCGCUUAUAAUAUCACCCCGGUUGUGGUAUCCGCCGCUUGUCUAGGCACGUACGCACUCUUGCAUGACGACAUGCCGGCAUCCCUCGUCUUCACCUCUGUGUCGUUGCUUGGUGCACUUGAAACGCCUCUUGCCAUUCUUCCGCAAAUACUAUUGAAUGCAACAGGGGCGCAGAUCAGCCUGCGACGCAUCGAACGCUUCCUUCACUCUCCCGAGAAUGACGUGGACCCGUCACCCGCCGAUGGUGUCGUCCUCGAUCAGGCGACCAUUUCCUGGAAUGGAGGUCAGUUCGCCAAAUGCUUUAUGCUGAAAGACCUCACUCUCACCUUUCCACCUGAUGCUCUGAGCAUUGUUACUGGUCCCUCGGGCUCUGGCAAAAGCCUCGUUCUCGCUGGCAUUCUUGGCGAGUGCGACUUCCUCCAUGGUUCUGUACGACGUUGUCCGAUAUCUGCAAUUGCCUAUGUUGCUCAGGAGCCGUGUCUGAAAGAUGGCACGAUCAGAGAAAACGUACUCUAUGGCCUUCACUUUGAACCGGAGCGCUAUAGACGUGUUCUUUUUGCCUGUGCCUUAGACAGUGAUAUCGAAUGUCUGGUAUUGAAGGACGAAACCCAAAUGGACAUUCAAGGAAGCAACUUCAGUGGUGGCCAGAAAUGGCGAAUUUCGCUAGCGCGUGCACUAUAUUCCGAUGCCAAGAUUAUCGUCCUGGAUGAUAUUUUCAGCUCUAUUGAUUCUCACACGGCGCAGCACUUGUACCAGUAUGCGUUGACAGGGAGGCUCGCCGAGGGGCGUACUCGUAUUCUGGCAACGUAUCAUCUGGAGCUAUGUUUACCAAGAGCCGAAUACGUGGUCGCUCUUGAUGCAAGCGGGUUGUGUUACGCUGGACCCCGAAAGAAUCUCCGGGAGAUGGGCAUAUUCAAGGAUAUGCCUCAUGCUGCGGCAGGAUUGGAGAGGAUUCCAUCCCAUCUCAGGAAAGGAUCUCUAGUGUCUAACGUCCACACAUCGGAGAAUUGGAUUAGCACCCUCCUUCCUAGUGAACAAGAGCAAUUAGACGAUGCACUUGGGCAAGCUGGCUUGCCGGAGGAUAUUAGAGCACGAGACCGGAAAUGGCGGAACCGCCAGCGGAUAUUCCGUCUCACUGACGCCAAAUAUCGCUGCCUAUUUCUCGUGCUUCUGCACCUGAGUUACAGUGGGCUCGCGGUUGGUCGAGGUCUCUGGAUGAUGAUGUGGAGCAGCAGCAAAAAUGACAGCGGAUAUUCCGAAGCAGUGCAUACGUCAGACAAUGCCCAGCCUACCGGAGGGAACGUCAAACUGUUCUUACUCAUCUACUUGUUUUUGUCAGUCAGUUCGUGCAUCGUCGCAGUAACCCGGAGCUUCCUGGCUGUGCGCAUAACUCUGAAGAUGUCGCGAAGACUGUUUGAGAAAUUCCUCUCGUCCAUAUUGCGAGCCCCCCUUCAGUGGCUCGACAAGCUGCCAGCGGGCAACGUGUUGAACAAUUUCUCGGCCGACUUUAGUCUGAUCGAUUCGCGUCUUGGGUAUGACCUCAACUAUGCACUUGGUGUUGUAGUUGACCUUCUCGCUAUCGUGCUGGCAGCAUCACUGGUGAAUGUCUGGCUAAAUCUUCUUUCUGCUUGUUCCCUCCUACUUGCCUUUUACUACGGAAGGAUGUUUAUUAGAAAGAUCCGUGCUAUCAAGGAACUCGAGAGCACCAUGCGAGGUCCCGUGCUUCACCAUUUGUGUGCCACAAUGGAUGGCAUCAUGACGGUGCGCGCCUACCAGCAACAAGAAACCUACCGGGAGGAAAUGUACGGCAAAAUUGACCGGCAUUGUCGUGCGUCUUGGAGCCUUUGGCUUCUUACGCGUUGGAUUGGCGUACGCGCAAGUGCUAUCGGCGCCAUGUUCACCACGGCGGGGUCCUUCCUCAUCCUGUCCUCUAACAGCGUCACUGCCUCAACAGCCGGGUUUGCUAUCACCUUCAUCAUGCGAUACAGUGGGGUCAUGUCGCAGGUUAUUAGGCAGUAUGCAAACCUCGAGAUAUCUCUCAACAGUGUUGAGCGCGUCUCAUGGUCACUCGACGUUCCGGAGGAAAAGUACGACUCUUGUGAUGCGAUCCCAGAGUCUUGGCCUACGGAGGGUCAGUUGGACGUGUCCGACCUGGUUGUCUGCUACUCGCCUGAUUUGCCGCCCGUUCUUUCGAAUCUCUCGUUCUCCGUCCCGCAGAACACCAGAGUCGGAGUCGUCGGGCGUACAGGCGCGGGCAAGUCGUCACUGGCAAUGGCUCUGUUCCGAUUCUUGGAAGCCCAACAGGGAAGUAUCCAUAUCGCGGGGGUGGACAUUUCAACAGUCCCGCUGCAUCAGCUGCGCACCCGACUUACAAUUGUCCCGCAAGAUCCGAUCCUGUUUACGGGAACAGUGCGAUCCAACCUGGACCCAUUUGACGAGCAUUCAGACCAGGAGCUUCUCGCAUCAUUGAAACGGGUCCAUUGGGCUGUCUUGGACAUGGAGGACCGCGACGAUCACCCCAGCUCUCCUUUGAUAAAGCUAGACGACAAUGACCGCGACAACAGCCAAGACCGCGUCGAUGAUGUGGAAUUGGAGUAUCAGCACCCACCCAGCGUCCUCAACGCCGAAGUCACAGAACGGGGAUCUAAUUUCUCCCAAGGCCAGAGACAAUGUCUCUCCCUCGCCCGAGCCAUACUACGACGUCCCAAAAUCCUAAUCCUGGACGAAGCCACCUCGGCCAUCGACAAGUCGACAGACGCAGUGAUUCAGAAGUCCAUCCGGGCUGAAUUUGGCCGGAAUCACUCUUCUCUGCUAGUGAUCGCCCAUCGGAUCAGCACCAUCGUUGACUUUGACCGGGUCCUCGUGCUUGACGCUGGCCGCGUAGUCGAGUACGGCACCCCGCGCGAGCUGGCAUCUAACCGAAACGGGAUAUUCCGCAGCUUAGUUGAGAGCAGCGUCGGAAGCGACUCGUUAUUGCAGACAAUGGAAGCCGCUUCUACAUAAGUCCGUCCAGCCUAUUCCACAGGGGCUCGGAAUAUCCUCCACCUCCUCUCAACCAGGCAAUCAAACCCGACACUGAGGCCAAUAGCUCCAUAACGAGCCACAAGACCCCGUCCGAGUUACCUACGCAUCUCG